AUGCACUUUCAGAUGCUUCAGCCUUUCUUCUGCGGCGCUUUCGACCCUGGUCGAAAGAAACCGAGAGGAAACAGCUUCCCUAAGAAGGAGAAGAAGAACCCGUAUUCCGAUCAUGGCCUCGACAAGUUCUCCGAACUUUUAGCUAAACUCGAAGAGAAGAAACAAAAGAUUUACUCGCAAACAGGCUCACAAGAUAUAUCAUUGGUUCGUUUCAGGUUUAAAAACUCGACGGAUAUCGUACCGAUCGUGGUGAAGCUCAAAGACAAGAAAGAAGAUGGAAACAAUAAGAGUCUUGAUCGUGACACCACCAAUGAUCAUCACCCUGUAAACAAAGUUGUUGAUUCGGAAAACUCAGUCGAAGGGAAACAAGUAAUCAAGAAGAUACCAUUGGGAUUGAAAUCAUUUACCGACCAAAAGAAGAAAGAAGAAAGCUUCUCGUGGAAUUUGGAGCUGCAUCAAUGGAGGCGGCCUUCUUACUACGUACCAACAAUCAUAGUUUCGAUUUUGUUGCUGCUGCUGUUCUUCGGAAGAUCGGUUUCGACACUAUUUACAAGUAUUGCAGUGUACACGGCUCCUGCAAUACAUGGAAAGAGUUACAGUAAGAAGAAAGUUCAUGCGAGAAGGUUGAGUGGAAACAAAUGA